UAAGGUAUAUUUCAACCUCAACUUCAUCACGUGUUUUGCUAUAAUUAUAGGGAGUUAAAACAAUUACGACAUGUUGACAGUUUCUACAAUGUGCGACAGAAUUCAGGACGAAAGAUUAUUAUUCAGGUCAAAUAGCUGAGAGGCAGAUCGAUACUGAACUUAUUCUAGUACUGAUUCCAUAUGCACGUACUUUAUUUAUUUUUUUAAUAUGUCGCUGGCAACAUUGAACAGACAUAGAUGGGGAGACAUAAUCAAUGGGAUGUUCUGGUAUAAAUAUCAAGACGGAAAACCCUACAAUGUUUAAAGCAUCGAUUUGAUGUGAUUUAAGUGGAGCAGUGAUAAUUAAACGAGAAAUGUUGCAAAGAAGCUAGGGAAAUGAUCAACAUCAUAAAUGGUUAAUACGACAUGCGACAGUCGACACUUGUUCCUGGCCAAUCGAGAUAUACUUCUGUCAAAGGACAAGUUGCCACAGAGAUAACAAUCGGCAUCCUUGUGGCCGGGGUACUCGGUGGACUCAUAAUAGUAAUAGCUGUAAUUCUCUUUUGUAAAUACUGUGUAAAGAAAAAUAAAGAUUUUAGAAGACAAGAUUCCUAUAGUAGCCGUAGACUAUCGGACAGAGACCGUAGAUUUAAAACGUUACAAAGAUACGAAACGAUCAAUUCAGAUGUUUUCUCCGAACCUAGUACAGGAUCUAUGGAUGGUGUCCCAAUAAGUCCAAGAAUUAAUCAUGAGCUGGAGAGAUAUAGUGAAAUUAACGAGGCAGACGAAACAACACAGCUCAAAUCUGAUUUUGAUAAAGUAUCUUACAAGGAAAUAAAACCAAGCAUUGAGACGACUAACGUACAGACAGCUGAAGAGGAACCAGAAAUUAAAAUAGGGAGGCGAGUAUCCUUCAAAUUGGAUGAAAAGAAGAAGGAACGUCAGACAUUACGUCAACAAGGAAGAAGGUAUACCGAAGGUGAUUUUCAUCAUCUUAAACGAGCAAGAAUAGAUAAAAAUGUUCCGCGUCAGUACUCUUUAAACGUAAAUUGUCAAAAUUCAAAUGGAAAACAAUCGGAAUGGAAAUAUCAUCAGAUACAACUUGAAGAAUCACCAACUGAAACCGGAAAUGACGUACUCCAUGUAUUUCCACGUGAUGAUGAUUCGCCACCAGAAGAUUCAAUACAAAAGCAGGUCUCUGUCGAGAUACAUCGUCAACCAAACCUUUCACCCGUUAAAAGUGAUCCCAACUUACAACGACAUAAACCAGAAAAACGGGGUAGAUCGUUGUCGCAGGUAGUUGCAUUGAAUAAGCAAGACAGUUGGAAGAAACGAACAAGAAGAGCAAAGAGUUUUGAUCACAUUUGCGAUUAUGACAUGUUUAAAAUUACAGAGUUCGAAGGACCUUUUUAUAAUACCGACUUCGAUGUUAUAUCAGAACUAAGCUCCUCUGAAAGUUCAAAAGUUCGAUAUAACGACACAGGUAGUAUUGAACAGUUAAACGAAGAUCAGUUAGAACGACUGGAGAUUGAAAAAUUUGAUAUCGACAUUUGUCAUUUAUCAGAAAGUGAUGAUACGGACACGUUAAACGGAAGUAGAAAAUAUCGAGAGUUAUGGAACUUAAGGGCAACGUUUGAGGAAGAGGAGGAAUGCAGUGAUACUAUCCGUAUGGAAGACAUGACAUCACCAGACCAAUCGCCAGAAUGUGAAGUAAAAGAUUCUGACUUUGAGUCUCAUUCUGGUAGUUCAAAAAGACAAAAAAUUGAAACAUGUGAAUCUGAGAAUGGUUGUGGAAAGUUUCAACCUCAAAACGGCGAAAAUAAAGAAAAACAAAGUUAUAAAGACAUAUUAACAAAUCGAUUAAAACAGUCUGAACAAAGUGGAAGUCGAGAUAACAGUUUCGACAGUAUAGAGACAUGUGAUACGGAUGAAAAUGUAUCAGAUUUAAGUCGAUUUGAACCAGUGACAUCUUUUGAUUCGACAACGGAUAACACAGACAGUAACAAUGAAACACAAAGCAACAGACUCAUGCAGAUGAAAGCUGAUAGUGGUUAUAAAUCAUUAGAAACUCAACAUCCACCUCCACCAAAUGGUGCCGUAAAACGAAAUCAUAGUGCGGGGGAAGUAGAGCCUUAUUAUAUUUACGACGAUGCUUUUAGGCGGUUUUCGUUGUCAAGUCAGGAGGCGGGUCCGUCUGGGGAACAAUAUUUAUCGAGAGGUACAUUUUUUGACCGACGCAAUGGCAAAACUGCUUCAAAAAAGAGACGUGAAUAUAGUAGAGAGAGACAGAUCGUUCAAAUAUAUGAAAGCAUCAAUGAACCAGAAUCUGAUUCAAAGUCGGACCAGCCAUCCGGUGACAGUUUCGAGGAAAACAAAAUGCCAAAUAAAAAGUCUGUUUUCUCUAGGUUUUUUAAAUCCCACCGUGACAAUAAAGACGGUCCCUUUUCAGCCAAUAGAGACUACAGUAUUGAUGAACAAACAAACAAAAUAUUUCAAGAAUUUCUUAGAUACGAUCCACAACUCGAACCAAAGUGUGCUUAUGCUUCUUACCUACGUAGGUCAUCUCGUUUUAACAAACAUAGACUACACCGAAAACAUACUGAUUCUAUGUUUAUCGAUGAUCGCAGAAGAGAUCGAUUAGCACCGGAAAUGAGAAGUGCUAGCUUAGGAAGUGAUAGUAGUGCAAGUUCAGCUCGACGUUUGUCCCCUCAAGAUAGCAUAGAAGAAGAGGAAGAAGAAAGAGAGGAAGAGGAAAGAUGGCUAAACCAGUUUCCUCGAGAAUCUCGACAAUCAUUUUCUGUUCACGAAAUUCCUAUUAUAAAACUCCCAGAAGAGGAGCACACUGCUACUGAAGCUUAAAACAAAACCAAAUUCUAUUCAAACACCAAUUUACGUAUCGGACCAAUUUAUUAUACAAUACUCUUAAAAUUUCGUCGAUUACUUUGAAAAAUCAUAUUGAUUUUAAUUUAAUGCUAAUGUAAUUUGUAGUGUGAUUAGGAGUGAUUAUUGAGAAAAAUCUGAUAGUUAAAUCCAUAAAUGAACAAAUAACGUGUGGGUUACUUAUGUACUUUCUGGCUGCUUUUUGUAUAUAGUGCUUAAAAUACCCCACCACAAAUAUAUGUGUCAAAUUUUGAUUGUGAUAUAACCCUUAAUGAGCUGAUUGUAUGCGUUUUUUAUAUGAUUAUUUUUUAUUUAAAAUUCCAGUGUCAUGUCAGGGGAUAUAAACCAAAGUGUUUUAAAUUAUUUCUUUCAAGAGAUAUGAAUUUAUUUUUCAUAAUUAAGUAUUAUUACAUGUUAAAGAUUUAUACAUAUUUUUUCAUAAUAUGUGAAUAUAUCAUUUAUUUAACACAAAGCGUAAAACUUGUUUUAUAAUUUGCCUCGUUAGGCAUACUUUAUCCUUCUUUUUAUAAUAGAGUUGUAUUUUCAUUUAGUAUAUAUUGUUUUUUGUUUGAUGUUUUGUUGAUACAAAUAAAUAUCCCUGGAAAAAACUUUUAAAUGUAAAACAGGAAAAACUGUGCUAAUGAUUAAUAGUGUAGGAAAGAAUUAUUAGAUACCUACUGACUACUUUAACCUAACAAUAUGAAAAACCAAACUAUUUCAACCUUUUGCGGCUGAAAAUUUCUGAAUUAAUUUUAACAUUAUUAUGUAUUUCUGAAUUUGACGAUCGAAAUUAUGCAGUGAAACUGUGUUUUUAAAGCUAACGAUAUGACAUACUAACUUUUAAUAUAAUGUUUUACUUCCUUGCCAUCUUCCUGCUAGUUCAAAUACAAUUAUCGCUUUCCAAUUACUAAUGUACCAAAUUGUCCAAAUUUUUGGUAAAUUUACAAAUUUAUACAUAUGUAAUUUCAUAUGUUAACGAUUAGUCAUGUUUAAAGUCAAGCCCUUUCAAUAAAUCUCUUUCACUUGAAGACUUGUAAUUUCUUUUAUAGAAAACAAUCUUACACGUUUCCAUUGUAAUACCUUUGGUUAAUGUUGGUGCUUCUAAGUAUUGUGUUAUUACAAAGUAUGAAUUAAUUAGUUCUGUAAACUUUUUGUACGCAUAAAGUAGUAUUUAUCUUUAUAAAAAUCAGAUCUAAAUUAAAUUUAUUAAAAAUUUAUUUUCAAAAGAGAGAAGUUAUCUUCCUGUGUAUGCUUGUGUAUGAAUGCUUGGUUUUUCAUUGAAAAAAAUACUUUUCAAAUUUCACUUCUAACUGCAUCUCCGCCUUAACUAGAAAGACAUUUAUCCUUUAUAUGGUGCUUUUUCUAUGUUGAAUAAAGUUUAAAUAAUUUUAAGUCUUGGUGUUGUAUUAGUACUGUUACUAGAACUUCAUUAACUUCAUGUUCAUCUGUAUAAAAAUUAUUUAUGCUUUCAUUGUAUAAGAGUUGUGAAAGUAGAGGAGGGUGAUUGUAUAUUUCAUUAUAUUUUCGGCAGUUCUCCAAAAGUUUUAGCUUUGGGAACAUUAAAACUAACUUUUCAAAAUUAGUGAGAGACAGUACGCCUGAAGUUGUUUUUCAAAAGAAUAAUUUUGGGAACAAUGAAAAUUCAAUUAAAAGUUACCGAGAGCUAGUACGCUCGCCAUAGUUUUUUUAUAUCACUUCUAUAAUUUGUUGGGAGGGGUAAAGUUUUUUUAGGAUUUAGUA